AUGCGGCAACAACAAUCUAUCCAUGCUUCAUUUGAGAAACAAUCCAAUCAAGAUAAGCAUGGGUAUCGAAUCCGCUUAGCAACUCCAGUUGAUGUAGUAAGACUUCUUGUGAAACAAGACUUGACAUUUCGAGGUCAUGAUGAAUCUAAAUUAUCACUUAACAUAGGUAAUUUUCUUAAGUUUCUUCCAUUUUAUGCUAGAAAGUGUGAUGAAAUUCAUAGUUUUGUAUUGGAAAAUGCUCCUCAAAAUGACGAAAUGACUUGUCCAAAUAUUCACAAAGAUAUUGUGAUUGCUUGCAAUAUUGAAACAAUUAAGAGCAUCAUAAAGGAACUAAAUGGUGAUUAUUUUUCCUUAUUGAUUGAUGAAUCUUUUGAUGUUUCAUGCAAGGAGCAAAUGACGGUUGUUUCACGAUAUGUUGAUAAAAGAGGAUUUGUGAUGGAGAGACUUCUUGACAUUGUUCAUGUUAAAAAUAAUAGUGCUUUAUAUCUAAAAGAAGCAAUUGUCAAUUUACUUUCUCAACAUUCCUUGAGUUUAUCUUAUGAAGUUGGUAUUUUUAGAGCUUGGGAUACUCAUUGGGGAUCUCACUUCAAAUCUUUUAACUGUUUUAUUCUCAAGUUUGGUGCAAUUAUGGAUAUUCUUGAUAAUAUUGUUGAAACUGGACAUUCUAUGGAUGAAAGAUUCAGGGAGCAAGACAUUGCAAAUAUCAUGCUACUUGUUAAAGCGGCCAAGAGAAGGCUACAAGAGUUGAGGGAAAAUGAAAAACAAGAUUUAUUUGUUGUUGAGGUGUCUACAUUUUGUAUCAAGUAUAAUAUUUUGGUACCUAAUUUUGAUGAGUCGUAUGUUAAUUCUGGAAGAUCACGACAUAAAUCUGUUGAUUAUACUAUUUUUCAUCAUUAUCGUGCUGAAGUAUUUUGUAAAAUAAUUGAUUGGCAAUUACAAGAACUCAAUGAUCGUUUUAAUGAGGUGACACCUAAGUUUCUUUAUGGAGUUGCUUGUUUGAAUCCAGUAGGCUCAUUUUCAAGUUUUGAUAUUCAGAAAAUAAUGAGAAUGACUGAAUUAUAUCCCGAAGACUUUGAUGAACUUAGCAUGUUUGCACUUGAGAAUCAACUUGCAAAUUACAUUAUUGAUGUUCGUGAUAUCGAUAAAAGGUUAUCUGAUUUACAUGGGCUUUGUGAUCUUUCAAAAAGAUUGUUUUAG